CCUUUGAAAGUGUUCAAUUUGGUCCACUCUGUACAUGGGUAAAUUAUAGAGCUGCUGUAAUGUAAUUGAAAUGAGGUAAAAUAAUAUACGUAUAUAAUAAUAUACGUAUUGUUCUUCGACAAUAUGGGGGUAGACUUGAAACACUCGUCUCAUGGAUUAGAUUUUCUCACCAAUUUUUUCGGAAAUAUAAUCGACUUGUUUGUCAAAUUUCAGCUGACGAUCAACGAUGAGCCCCAAAGAUUUAAUCUCUUGCACCACCUCCAACCGUUGGUCGUUAAUUUGUAUAUGUAGUCCCAAAUAUACGAUAGAACAAGUUAUUUUUCAUAAACAUUCAUGAAGCUGAUUGCUAACUGUUUCAACAAAAUGUUAACGAGGUCAGUUCUAGUUAAUUAAGAGAUCAGAAUGUCGACUGCAAAACAUAUGUAUCCUGCAUUCAGAUAAUGCAUUGUGGAGCACCAUAGCUGUUAAAUUGGAAUCUGAUUCUGUUUUUCAAUUUUUUUCUUCGGAAUCUAUCUUUUGGAUAACAAACAUUCCAAAACUACCCAAAGGAAAAGUUGGAGUGAGCUGAUGAUGGAAAACAAGGAAACAGAAAAGAAUGUUUCAUACGGAACAAUUUUUCAAAUAUAUACCUCAUUCAUAGUUGGUCUACUAGCGAUAACAGAUGGCAUGGCGUAUGGUUGGACAUCCCCCAUGAUUCCCUACCUGACAAGCGAUAAGAGCCACUUAAAAAUGAGUCUACACGAAGCAGAGUGGAUGGAAACUUGGAUGAUGAUAGGCGUUAUUUUUGCUUUACCCAUCACAGUGCAGGCAGUGGAUAGAAUAGGACGAAGAAACACCAUUUUGUUCUCUUGUAUCAUUCUAGUGGCAUGCUGGAUAGGAAUAACAAUUGCGAGUAGAGUCGAGUAUAUCUACGCGGCUAGAUUCCUCAAAGGUGUUGGACUAAACAUGGCUUAUGUUGCUGCACCCAUGUACCUAGGAGAAAUCGCACACAAAAAUAUUCGGGGGCUGAUGUCUGGUAUUGUUUUCACGUUAAUGAUGGUUGGAACUCUGUUAAUCUACAUUUUGGGGCCUCUUGUACCUUAUUAUGUACCUUCAAUUAUAGCUUCUGUUCUGCUUUCAACGCAAGUCUUUGCAUUCUUCUUCUUGCCAGAAUCUCCGUACUAUCUACUCAAUAUCAAAAAGUAUGAGGAAGCUAAGAACGCUCUGCAGAGAUUCAGAGGCAACUCUGAUAUCGAAGAGGAAUUUGAGGAAAUCGUCAAGACAAUGGAAAGCGACAAGCAAGAAAAAUCCAGUUCUCUGAAAGCAAUAUUCCAAGUGAAACAUAAUAGGAAAUCUCUCAUAAUUGUUCUGGUUCUAGAUCUGUCACAACCAUUUGCCUGUCAAGAAAUCAUGUUAAUGAACCUUCACGAGAUUCUCAACAGUGCCCAAUCAACUUACAUGAGUACUACCAGUGCUGGAAUAAUUUUCGGGUGCAUCAUGCUGGUAUCUGCUAUUGUUUCAUCCUUGAUAGUAGAUAGAUUCGGAAGAAAAUUCUUACUUAUAACAUCUUCUAUUUCAACAGGAAUAUGUCUCGUUACUCUAGCAAUAUAUUUCCACAUGAAGCGGUCUGGACACAACUUGGAUUCUCUUAGUUGGAUACCCAUUGUAUCCGUGUUGGUUUAUGCGUUUGUUUAUAAAAUUGGAAUAGGCAUGGUACCAAUAGUAAUCACCUCAGAGAUUUUCACAACGAAGAUAAAAGCUUUGGGUAUGACUAUAUCUGACGGAGUUUAUGUUGUUGGAUCAAUAGCUUCACUGCAGAUGUUUUUCGCGCUGAAGAGCACGUUUGGAAUUCACGUUCCCUUCUAUUUAUUCACUUGUUGUGCCCUAGUAACGUCGUUAUUCACUAUAUUUUUAAUUCCUGAAACCAAAGGUAAGACUAUGGAGGAAAUUCAAACAAUUCUCAAGGGAGAGUAGCCAUCACCGAAGGGAGAAGAAUUGGAAAGUUUGAACAAGGAAAAUUCAUAUAAUAUGUAUCAGAUUGAAACAGUUCAAGUUUACUACGUUACGUUAAAUGAAGAUUUGAGCAUUCAUAUGCAGACAGAGUUGAAGUGAAUAUGAAGUUUGAAUAUUUUGAGUUGCCUUAUUCAUAGAGGUCGGUUAAAUUUCAAAUCAUAUUUGGAUUGAAAUAUUCUCCGAUAUUUGAAAUACUGUGACGUGAAAAUUAUAUUUCUGAUCACUGCGAAGUAUCGAUCUUACGGACAGAUAAAUACGUUGGUUUCAGAGUAUGCCCUCGAUAUCACUUCCAGACUCGGAAUCAGAUGUAUAUAUUUCUAUACAGAGACAGAGACUUUUCAAUAUGAACAGCGUAGGUCAAGAAUUGGAAAUAUAUUACAAUAAAAAUAAUGAAUUCAAUUCAUUUUCCCAUUUUUUUCCAUUCAAUAAAAUAUCAGUGUCUCUUUGGCGGAGGUUUUCAAGUUUUUGAUCGAUGGCAUCAAUAAUUACUUCGAAAACUUUGAAAAUCAUCCCGUUCAGAUGUGUUUUUCACUAAAAGUGAAUUUUCGCAAAAAAUUUUCAAAAAGUAUUCAUUUUGUUUGAAAUUGUGAAUUAAUUGAUGCUUUGAAGGAAGUUCAAAGAAGCUGUGUGUAAGGAAUAACGAUGUAAUCAACCAGGCUAGCGCAGAGAUUCGCAUUGUAUAGAAACCUUCAAUAAAGCAAAAAAUGGGCUACUGAA